GAGGCGGGAGGAGGGGGGCAGCGCCGGGAGGGGGCAGGGCCGAGUCGGGCUUCGCGGUCGGCCCGCCAGCAGGGAGGGCGCCUUUGGCUUCCCCACCGGCCAUGGAGCGGCUGACGUUGCCUCCCCUCGGCGCGGCGGCAGUGGACGAGUACCUGGAGUAUCGGAGAAUUGUUGGUGAGGAUGAUGGAGGGAAACUUUUUACUCCUGAAGAAUAUGAAGAAUACAAAAGAAAAGUUUUACCUCUGCGCUUACAAAACAGAUUAUUUGUGAGCUGGCGGUCACCAACAGGGAUGGAUUGUAAACUUGUGGGCCCAGAGACACUGUGCUUUUGUACACAUAGGUAUAAACAACAUAAAACUGACUUGGAAACGAUUCCUCAGCAGCGCCCCAUUGAUCUGCCCUGCCGAGUGACUGGCUGCCAGUGCAGGGCUUACCUUUAUGUCCCCUUGAAUGGCAGCCAGCCCAUUCGCUGCAGGUGCAAACACUUUGCUGAUCAGCACAGUGCUGCGCCUGGCUUUACAUGCAAUAUAUGUUCCAAGUGUUCAGGAUUCCAUAGCUGCUUCACUUGUGCUUGUGGUCAGCCUGCAUAUGCCCAUGACACAGUAGUGGAAACUAAGCAAGAAAGAUUGGCUCAGGGAAAACCAGUGGGACAGGAUGUUCCUUAUGCAGCCAUGGGAGGAUUAACUGGUUUCAGCUCACUGGCGGAAGGCUACAUGCGGUUAGAUGACAGUGGGAUCGGUGCACCUUCAGUUGAAUUUUUAGAAUCUCCCAUUACAGCAGUAGACAACCCAUUCCUAAAAGCAUUUCAAGCAUCAUCUAGUUCUUCUCCAGAGACAUUAACAGAUGUAGGUACAAGUAGUCAAGUUUCUUCGUUAAGGAGACCUGAAGAGGAUGAUAUGGCUUUCUUUGAGAGACGAUACCAGGAAAGGAUGAAAAUGGAAAAGGCUGCUAAGUGGAAAGGAAAAGCUCCAUUGCCAUCAGCUACAAAACCUUCAUGAAGACUAUUGGAUAAAUUAAAAUCAUCAUCCAAGUAUCUUUUUCAUGUUUAUUUAAAU